AUGGUCCUCCACAACCCGAAUAACUGGCACUGGGUGAAUAAGGAUGUCUCUAGCUGGGCCAGAACCUAUCUAGAGGAAAACUUGGUCGGAAUUUCCGCUGAGGAGAAUGGAGUGACUGCUAAGAUAAAUAAACUGGUCAGCAUGGAUGGCGACGUGGACGUCAGCCAGCGGAAAGGAAAAGUCAUAACCCUCUUCGAUGUCAAAUUACAGCUUGACUAUGAAGGAACCACGAGUGAAAAUGAGGAUGUCACUGGUUCGAUUAAAAUCCCCGAGGUCGCCCAUGACACCGAGGAAGAUGAGUUCGUAUUUGAUACGAGCAUAUAUUCCGAGACCGCGAAGAAGCAGCCCGUUAAGGACCUUGUUCGCGCAAAAAUAGUGCCCCAGCUGCGCGCUGCUCUUGUCAAGCUUGGUCCUGCUCUGAUCAAUGAGCACGGAAAGGACAUUCAGCACGCUCCUGGCUCUAACCCGUCCAGCGGCUUCGCUACUCCCACGACUCUUAAAUCUUCCACUCCCCAGCCACCAAAGGCCGCUGCCACCACGACCACCACGACCACCACUACCACUACCGGAAAAUCAGCCGUCAACACGGUCUCCGUGAACGCCUCCGACGAGUUCCGUACUACCGCCGAGCAGCUUUACACCACCUUUACCAACCCUGAUCGCCUUGCUGCUUUCACUCGUGGAGCUCCUCGUCGGUUUGACGGUGCUAAAGUUGGUGGACAGUUUAGCAUAUUCGACGGAAACGUGGACGGUGAAUAUGUUAAACUUGAGGAACCCAGCCUUAUCGUCCAGAAAUGGCGACUGGCUCAGUGGCCUGCUGGUCACUACAGCACCCAAGAGAUUAAAUUUGUUCAGAACGAUGUUGACGGAGUCACUGUUUUGAACGUGAGGUGGGAUGGUGUCCCUGUUGGACAGGAAGAUGUCGUUAAGCAUAACUGGGACGGAUAUUACGUCCGCAGCAUCAAACAGACUUUUGGGUAA